UUUACUCAGUCACUCGCUCAUUUGGCAUUCUUUCUAUCUGUUCUUCUUGCAUGCGCCUGCAAGAUGCGCAUCUUCUCGUUUCUUACUCUACCUUUGGUAGCUCUUGCUAUCCCUCCCCCCACCGCCUCCUUAAGAAGCGCUGUCGAAAAACGCGAAGACUUCUUCCCCUACCUGGUUGAAGAUGUCUGCCAUCAGCCGGACAGCCGGUUCGACCAAGUCCAGCGCUAUGACAAGAUGCUUAAAGCCGUGCAAAAGGCUCGCGAAAUGGCAAAGCUUGCGUUGAAGGAAUGGUGGGAUGAGGGCAAGCAUGGCGAAGCUGCAGCUACAUACCUGGCUAUUCCAAAUAAUGGAACAUACAAAGAUAACGAGUAUGCGCAGAGGGUGCAUGCAAAUUUGCAAAAUGUGGCGUUGUUGGAUGAGAGGAUUCCAUUCUUGAGUAGGAAGAUUGAUGUCCAUUGCACCGAUAUCAGCGACAAAUGUAAUAGGGAAGUCGAGGGGCCGAACAGGCCGAUCGGCGGGUAUGCCGAGAAUACCAACCACUUUGUAGGAGGUUGGCAUUAUGACGUUGUUCUGUGCAUGCCAUUUUUCAUGGCGGACACGCCUGACCAUUUGGCGGAGUAUUGGCCCACACAAUCGGACUUCAGGGAAUCGGUCGCAAUGAGCUUUCUUGAGAACGAUGCUGGGAAGAUGCUCCAUGAGAUGAUGCACAUCGAUCUCAUCUCAGCGGACAGACCGCAUAUUAUUGAUCAAUUUUACAAUGGCGCGCGCGUCUACACGGCUCCCAUAGUUGCGGACUGGGUUUUGAAUUACAAGGCGAAGACUGCCGAUGUAGUUCAAAAUGCCGACAGCUAUACCCAGUUCGUCAACGCCGUCUUUUUCACGUCAAAGUUCGGAUUCCUCCCCCCUCCGCAGCGCGAGGUGCCUUUGACUGGGAAAUUGGAAUGUGGAGGUGCAAACAAUGAAUACGUCGACAAGACCCAGGACAAAUAUAUUGAGGACUUCUGCACCAACGUCGCUGCUGAGUAUCAGCCAGGUUCUAUCGGCGAAAUUGCCCGCCAGUACGACGAAGGGCUACCAGAGCACGUCCGGUUCAGGUUUUAUCGACGACCCGGCGGCAAGCUACUCCCGAAUGAGAUUAAAAAGCAAUGUACCGACACCAUGCCCAAAAUCUUCCAUGAGUGUGACACAUCAACGAAUUGGAAGCAUGGCGGCGCGUACACCUUUUCUAAAGGUCAGGACGAUAUUUACACUUAUUACGUUGAGCCGAGGCAUGAACGUCCAGACCCUAUCCCCACAAAAUUACCCGGCAAGUGCGAUGUGUGGUACAAAUUCUGGUAUGAUGAGUUUUACAUCUACGGAGGGCUCUGGGCGGGGAAUGACUGGGGCCAGGGGCAAUUGCUGCCCAAUUUGCGGAGGUGUGGCAUAGUGAGUGAGUGGAGGUUCACUUACAAGGAGGAACCGGACAAGGAUGGCGUUGAGUGGGAAGCCUACGGUCGACUGCCAAUUGGUGCACAGCAAUGGAAUUGUGUCAGACAGGCAGUAGUGGAUUCGGGCGGCCCAUCGGAUAUUGGCUGCGGAGGCAGCUAGAGGAGCUGACGAGUUUGAACUUGGAUAUGGAGAUACUAUUUUGAGACGUUGAAGGUGCUGAAUUCGUACCUAAGUUAGACUUCUUCAGCCUUACACUAUAUAAAACCUUUUAAUGCCUCUGGAA